AUGACUUGCGGAAUAGAAAAUGCCCUCUGCUUUCUAAAGGGCAUCGUAAUUAAGUUGACAGUGGGCCCAAUUUCAUUUGUAUUCUUCGAAAUUUCCAAAUUUGUGCUGGUGUUGGCUUUAGCAUUCUGGAUUACCGUUGGAAUAUUUUUAUUGUGGGAAAGCAUAAUGCCCGAAGCAGCUUAUCGUCUCUCCCAGGCAGCUGAAGCCGUUGUGGCUAACACAAGCGGCCUAACGCCAAGAGUUGAAAGCAAGGAAAACGUUAACGAAUCGGGUAGUUAUCCAUUUGUUAUUGAUUUACCAAAAACUUCAUCGUCUGUUGUGGAAACACAAAUAAAUGACGAAUCUGUGCAGCAAGCAGCACCAAUUGAGACAUCGCCAGAAACAGAAGAACCACCAUCGGCAGCAGAGUCUAGCAAUCCUGUACAGCAACCUUCACCAGAUACAGGCGUCGAGAAACCGACAGCAGACAACCCCGCGGAGGCGACCGAGUGA